CAGCUUGACAGGCGGGGUCUGACCAUCUAGCACCGCCACAACAGCCGGGGGAGGAUUUCCGAACCCGUCGUAGCGAAGAUGGUGGCAAACCCAGGCGUGCGGAUGUUCCGUUCGCCCGGAUAACAGUGCGGUGCCGCCGCCGUAAGACCUCCCCGGAGAGGACGGGGGGGAAAAGCCAGCCUUCGCGAGAUAAAAGGCGGACGGAAGAGGAGACACACGCAUGCCAGAAGACACCAGAACCUUCCAGAACCGGAGCGGAAGGGAAAGCAAAGGGAGGAAGCAGAGCUCCAAAUAACCACACUGGGUCUCCAAGCGCAGGAAAUACGGCCUGGGAAAAAAAAAAAAAAAGUUUGGGAGUUUUUUUUUGUUUUUUUUUCCCCCCAAACAAAAUGGGUGCUACGUUUGACGUUGUGCACGACUAGAAUGCAAAGUAGUUCAUUUUUUCCCCCACACUUCCACGCGUUGCUGGAAUGCGAGCGCCCUAUAGCGUAUUAAGUGUUGUCAUGUUAAAUGCGGCGUUGUGCAAAUACUUUUAAUCAUCACUAUUUAUAGCGCAGCCUCCACCCUGGCUGUGCCUCCUAUCUCGCAUGUUUUGCUAACUGCGCGCAACAAGUUGCAGACACUCCCAGCCCAGGCAAAGCGACGCUAAUUUGGUAUUUUUGAAGCUUCUCUUUUUCCGAUUACGCUCUCGGAAUAGCACGCACCCCUCCCCGGUCCUCUUUGGACUGCAGAGGUGGGGGGGGUUCAACGCCAGAGAUCCGGAGAGGGACUUCAGGAAAGGACGGGGCUGGAUCCGUGGGAAUAGGCCUGCCAGGGCCUCGUAUGCACAGGCUGGAUUCAGGUCUUGGACUACUAGACCCUGGAAGAUUUGAGGCUAAAGGCGGAAGGAGAGAAUGCACGGACAUCCAAGUGUUCAGCACGUUGCAUGAGAAGAAAUGCACAAAGUGACCCAUCCACAUCAAUAUUUUAGUAGGUUGGAUUUAUAAUUGUUCUAUUUUUCUAUUGAUAGAGCUGCAACAAUGGAGGUGUUUUUAAAAGUGCCAUUUGUUUAAGUUUUGCGCACCAACUGUUGACAGCCCACAUCUGGAUGUGCUCACGCAAUGCAGCCUUGGACCUGACCGCUGCUUGACACGUAAUGGACGACUGUACAAAUCUCUGGAUUUUCUUUGGCUGCCCGAUUUUGUGACGUCCACGACAGGCCAUUUCCAGUUGUGUGACGUCUGGGGUGAGGAACCUGGCAUCACCAGCAAGUCACUUCCCAGAAGGAUGUUUGAUGCCGGAGGCAAGCACAGCAGUGACAUAAGUCUUGCUGGUGAGAAACUCGGGUUUAAAUCCAGAUGCUUUUUUGCAGAGUGAUGCAUGUAAUGUGAGUGGUGACGCAAAUCCAGUGUCUCAUCAUGAGCAGCUCACUAAACUGGAACGGUGUGUCUGGUGUGCGUGAGUGUUUCAGCUACCUCGUGCGUAACAAAGACGUCUGCGUCUCGUGCGCCGUACUAUCAGUGUGAUUAUUCCAGCAAACGCUUGGUUCCCAUCCAUCCACCUCGGUGGUGCCACAUGUGAACACGCGGCUCCCACGCACCACGUCUAAUUGCCCCGGCGACAUCAGAAGCUAUUAAUAUUUAACUUCGCUCCCACACCCCUCCUCUGCAGCGUCAAUAUGGCCACGCUGCAAGAUCACCGGCAGCUUCUCAUGCACGGCACAGAGGUGAGCUGCAAUUCCAGCGGGGAUGGUGCUGUGACUGUGCAGAUUGCCAACAGCAUGCGGCAUGAGCCGGCCAGGGCAGCCACCGGCGUCGGGGGAGGAACGAAAGGCUGCGAGGAUGGGAGUAAAGUGAACCUUAACCUCCACAAAUACAGUAUUUCCUCCAGCUGCAGCUCUGCAGACUCCAGACUUGGUAUGACCUCCACAACAAGGGUCCACAGGAAGGCGCCACCACUUUUUGAACGCUCCGCUGCACAGUGCUGGGACCCCAAGUUUGACUCCCCCAUCCUGGAGGAGGCGUGCCAGGAGAGGUGCUUUCCUCAGACUCAGCGGCGCUUUCGAUAUGUCCUGUUCUACCUGGCGGUGGCAGCUGUGCUUUGGGCAGUGUACUUUGGUGUCAAUAGUGACCGCUGCCAACCAAUGAAUUUCUUAGCCCCGACGGCCUUCUUUUUGGUCCUUUUAGCACUCCUCUUCUUGUUCACCUUAACCCGCUACUACUCACAGCUGUACAACCAAACCUCCUUGUUCCUGAUCGCGGUCACCUUCGCCAUCACAUUGGCCCCCCAGAUACAGACUGCAGGCUUCACUGAGUUGGAGUGGGCUCACCUUGUAAAUGCAUCCUACCACUUUUCAGACGCACCCCCAUCGCCUUGCAUCUCCCCAGUGGCAACUUUUUCUCUCUGUAUUGAGGUCCUUUUAUUGUUAUACAGUGUCCUCCAUGUGCGUCUGUAUGCCUCAGUGAUGCUGGGCUUUUUAUACUCCAUAUUAUUUGAGGCAUUAGGGUGGCUACCGUUGCUUCACAGAAGCCAUGAUUCGACUGAAUGGGGGACAGAUUUGGGGAGCUCCAGCUGGGAAAGGGACACCCUCCACUGGCUCGGUCCAGCCAAAGCGCUGCUCCACUUGUGUGCCCACGUCAUCGGCAUCCACUUGUUCAUCAUGUCAGAGGUGCGUUCCCGCAGCACUUUCCUCAAAGUGGGCCAGGCCAUCAUGCAUGGCAAGGACUUGGAGGUAGAGAAGGCCCUGAAAGAGCGUAUGAUCCACUCGGUCAUGCCUCGACGUGUUGCAGACGAGCUAAUGAAGCAGGGUGACGACGAGGGCGUAGGGAGUGAGAACUGUAGCAAGCGAUAUUCUUCUGGUGCAUGUUCUGCCUCAGCUGUCUCUGUGGGCGGUGGAGGAGGUGUUUGUGGAGCUUCGCCAUCCCAAAGUGCCACCAGUCCCAAGAACCACCCUUAUAACAACCACAAACGCAAGAAGACCUCCAUCCCACGGGGCCAGAUAAUAUUUCGACCUUUCAACAUGAAACGUAUGGAACCUGUUAGCAUCCUCUUUGCGGACAUUGUGGGCUUCACCAAAAUGUCAGCCAAUAAGUCAGCACCAGCCUUGGUCGGUCUUCUAAAUGAUCUCUUUGGACGCUUUGACCGUCUCUGUGAACUGACCUGUUGUGAGAAGAUCAGCACACUGGGUGAUUGUUAUUACUGUGUAGCAGGCUGCCCUGAGCCCAGACCGGACCAUGCCUACUGCUGCGUGGAAAUGGGUCUAGGCAUGAUUCAGGCCAUCGAACAGUUCUGCCAGGAGACAUGUGAGACCGUCAGCAUGCGCGUUGGUGUCCACACUGGCACCGUGCUGUGCGGUAUUCUAGGAAUGAAGCGCUUCAAGUUUGACGUUUGGUCAAAUGAUGUCAAUCUGGCCAACUUGAUGGAGCAGCUAGGCGUGGCAGGCAAGGUCCACCUGUCAGAAGCCACCGGUCAGUUCCUGGAUGACCGUUACCAGCGGGAGGAUGGCCGAGUGCUGCAGAGAGCCGGCGAGAGUGUGGUGGAGAAGCUGAAGGGGUUAAAAACCUACCUGAUCUCAGGACGGAAAUGGGGACGCGACAUACAGUGUGGCUGUUCUCAACUGGGAGGUGACUUUGUAGGGAUGCCCUCCUGUACUCCGAGCCAUACCCCGGACAUCAUCCUUGGGGGAGGCCAAGCUGCUGAGCCUUUGCUGCCCAACCAACCACCAGAUAGGACUGGGCCUCCUUUUGCAUCCCGCAGUGAGGUCAUGGCUUCAGUGACAGAGCAGGGCGAUGAGGUGGCAGUGCUAAACGGCUGCCAGGAUGAGCACAAGACGAGCAGUGCCAAGUUCCUUCCCAGUAAUCCCCUCAGGAUGGCCAACGGUCUCCUCUCCCCCCCACUGGAGGACGCAGUGCGGGCAAGCCAGAGCUCUCUGUGCGACAUGCUUCAGGAGAAAGAGAAGAAGACGAGCACCAGCACAAUGACCGGCACCAGUAUGGGCAUGGCUGUUGGCACCGGACCAGCGGGUACUGGCAUGGAACACUCCGCCCUUAUUCAGUUGCGUACAAAGAACUUUCGAGAAAAGAGCGACGCUCACUUUGUGGAUGUAAUCAGAGAGGACAGUCUGAUGAAGGAUUAUUUUUUCAAACCACCCAUCAACAAGAUCAGCCUCACCUUCUUAGAGAGACCUUUGGAAAAAGCCUAUCGCAGCAGCUACAAAGAUGAGGUGAAAAACCAGGUUCAGGAGCAGACCUUUGCAAGCUGCACAUUCAGCUCCUUCCUUGACGUUCUGCUCAGCUGUUUUGUCUUCUUGGCCCUAACCCUGGCAUGUUUCCUUCCCCCACUGGUGAGCUCAGCCACUGUGGGCCCUCCAGCUUCUGCAGCACUGGCUGUGGCUCUUCUGGCUGGUCUGUUGGAGUUGGCCUCCUUGGUGCUCUCAAUACGUAUGGCCUUCUAUUUGGAGGAAGUGAUGAACUGUACCCGCUCUCUACUCCUGGUGGUAUCCGGCUGGGUGGCUCGUCAUGUGAUCGGGGCCGUGUUGGUCUCCUUACCAGCCAUCUCGGUCUUGUCCCACCUUACGUUCGGUGUCCAGCUACCGCUUCAGCUGACAAUGUUCUUGUGUUGUGCCACCAUCCUUGCCAUCAUUCAGUACUGUAACUUCUGCCAGCUAAGUUUUUGGAUGCGCUCAGUGCUGGCCACUGCUACUGGGGUCACCUUGUUGCUAUUGCUUUACAGCACCUUGCACAGCUCAAGUAAUAACAGCUUGCCAGUUCAUGGACUGAACAUCUCCACAUUAAGUGGGGACGGUUCACCCGCUGAUGUUCCUCUGCGACCUCACGAUCUUCUGGUGCCAGAGGCAGUCCUUGCCUUCUUUCUGCUUCUUCUCCUGGUCUGGUUUCUCAACCGCGAGUUUGAGGUCAGCUACCGUCUGCAUUACCAUGGCAAUGUGGAGGCUGACAAGCACCGCUCCAAGAUCCAGACGAUGCGGGACCAAGCGGAGUGGUUACUGGGCAACAUAAUCCCCAUCCAUGUUGCUGACCAACUCAAGGUGACACAGAGCUACUCCAAAAACCACGACAGCGUGGGCGUGAUCUUCGCCAGUAUUGUAAACUUCAGUGAGUUCUAUGAAGAGAGCUACGAGGGAGGCAAAGAAUGCUACCGGGUCCUCAAUGAGCUCAUCGGUGACUUCGAUGAGCUCCUACGAAAACCCGAAUUCAAAAGUGUGGAAAAAAUCAAGACAAUCGGCGCCACCUACAUGGCGGCAUCUGGGCUGAACGUUCGGCAGUUGGCGGAGAACGAAGAGGACUCUCCGCAUGCUCACCUGAGGGCGCUGUUCAACUUCGCCCUGGAGAUGAUGGGCGUGUUGGACGACUUCAACAAGAACAUGCUGGGCUUCGGUUUCAAGCUCCGCAUCGGAUUCAACCACGGGCCGCUGACGGCCGGGGUGAUUGGCACCACUAAGCUGCUCUACGACAUCUGGGGGGACACGGUCAACAUUGCCAGCCGCAUGGACUCCACGGGCGUGGAGUGUCGGGUGCAGGUGAGCGAAGAAAGCCACGCUGUGCUCAGCGCCAUGGGCUUGAAGUUUGAUUAUAGAGGUACUGUGAAUGUGAAGGGCAAAGGCCAAAUGAGGACCUUUCUGUAUCCUAAAAAUGGGGAAUGUAUGUGCCAAGAUCAAACGGAGGGGAGCGCCAGAGUCGGAACACCUUCAUCUCCAUCCACAGUCCCUCCUCAUCUACAGAGUGCAGUAAGGCCCAAGAUAGUCGCAGCUCCAUCCACAGAGGCCAGGAAAGAAGGAUAUAGGGACGCUGGGCAGUACUCCACCAAAGACUAUCACUUCCCUUCCACCUCCUCGGAUAUUGUGUCACUACCCAGAGGUGCACAGUCCCCUGCACUUGAAGAGAACAAUAUGGAGGAGGAGGCUGAUGAGCUGACGACAUUCAAUGAGGAAUUCUAUGCCCGUCUCUGAUCAAACCUGACCUCUGUAACCCCCUCCUGCUUACCUGAGCUGCUAACACUCCAGAGCAGGAUGUCGCCUCCUCUUGGCAAGUUAUGACGAGGAAUAUGGUUGAGGUCGAAGAGGAAAAAAAAACCUCAACGCUACUGGCGUGGUUUAUUGGAAUGAAGUGUUGCAAUGGGCGGAGCCUGUGUUGAACACAGGAGUAAAGAAGGAAGCAAGGGGCUAGGUGUUCAUGUUUUGUAUUAUUCACUUUGUUAUUAAGUGCCUUCAGGACUAGAACAGAACAAAUAUGAAUACCGAACAAAGUUUGAGCAAUCUUUGUGUGGCUUUUUGUAUCCCCGUAAUACGUAGACUGCUGAAUUCUCUGUGGUUUCUUACGCUUUUACUUUCAACGCGAGGAUUUAUUUGUAUUCCCCCGCCCCCGCAAAAAAAGUCAUUAUUGUUGUGCCAUAUCAUUCUAACUUGAUCUUACUUUAAGGGAAAAUCAUUUUAGAUCAAUCAAGUGCCAGCGCAGCGUUAUAGGCUGAAUUAUGGAAAGAAUGAGGGAAUCACAUGAAGCAGUGUUAACUUUCUCUAUGUAUAUUAGGGCUUUAUACAGUAUUCACAAUAUAAGAGAAUAUGCUUCAAAGCAGGCUGCAUAGAUUUCAUUUUGUUGUAAAUGCACAUUUAAGCACAGGUCUUGCACAAUGUUUUUAUUUCUCAGCCACUUGUAUUUAGAGGUGAGAUAGCAUUGACAUAUAUUUCCUGUCACAGUACAUUUAAAAGCACAAAAUUAAAUAUUGUAAAAAAAUUGGGGGGAAAAAGGGAGAUUGUCACCAAAAAAAAACAGAAGGCACUUUAACUAGACUUGAUACUGUGACCCAAGUUCUUCGUGACGGGCAUGAAACUCUUCUAGACCUGAAAGGUGGCUGUAGAAUUUAAAAAAAACCUUCAGUUUAAAGGUCACUGCUUUUUGCAGCGUCAGCUAGUCUAUACAGAUGAAACUCACAAAAUUUGAAUAUAGUGCAAAAGUCCAUUCAUUUCUGCAAUUCAAUUUCAAAUGUAAAACUAAUGUGUGAUAUAAACUCAUUACAGUAGGGAGGGGAUUCAUAUGGUCCCAUUCGUCACGAUUGACCUGACACAUGAAACGUGACGAAUGGAGACGGCCACUAUCCACUUGAGCAAACAGAUGGCAGUAGAGUGUUGAAUAUUUUUAAAUGUAUUUUGUGGCAAUUCCAACUUUGAACAGAGCAUCAGUUGCUAUGUAGAGUGACGCUUUCCAUCAUUUUCAGUAGACUGUAUUGCAAAAAUGAUUAACUCCCCCGCUUCUUUUUAAUCCAAUCCAAUCCACUUUAUUUAUAUAGCACAUUUAAACAACAAAAUGUUUCCAAAGUGCUGCACAACAAUAUUAAACACAAUUAAAAACAAUAUAAAAUAAAUAUGAUUAAAAACGAUUUAAAAGGGUAAAACCAAUUAAAACAGUAAAUAGAAAUCAAAAUUUUAAAAACACAAAGGUCAACAGAGGACCACACAACUCACGUAGUGUUAAAAGCCAUUUUAAGUGAGAUCCCCCCCAGGAAUGGGGCCAGGUGAAUCCCUUCCUUACUGUAUAUGCAAAAUGAGAUAUGUCGGACAUUUAUAUAUUAUAAUUUUGAUGAUUGCAUGGGUUCACUCCGGGUACUUCCUCCCACCUCCAAAAAGAUGCACCUGGGGAUAGGUUGAUUAGCAACACUAAAUUGGCCCUAGUGUGUGAAUGUUGUCUGUUUAUGUGUUGGCCCUGUGAUGAGGUGGCGACUUGUCCAGGGUGUACCCCGCCUUCCGCCCGUGUGCAGCUGAGAUAGGCUCCAGCACUCCCCGUGACCCCAUAAGGGACAAGCGGUAGUAAAUGGAUGGAUGGCUUUUUUUUUUUUUAAACCCAAAUUUCUGGGAUUUUUAAAUCAAGUUUUCAUAGGCUGUAAGCCAUAAUCAAUCACCACAAUUUUAUUUAAAAAAAAAGGCUUGAAAUAUCUUGAUUUGCAUGUUAUGAGCCUACGUCAUGUUAGUUUCACCUUGUAAAUCUAAUUGCGGGAAUAAACAAACAUUUGCACGAUAUUCUCAUUUGAGUUUCACCUGUACAAAGAAAAUCAUCUCCACAAACCAAGGCAAAAUGCGUGGUGUCGAACAGGUUUUGUGUGGAGAGGAAUAGCACAUCAAGUGGGACAAUCACGGCGGUUCACAUUGGAGCAUCGAAGCACAGACCUUCCAUUUGUUGCCUUAGAUACACACAAAAACUCAUUGGUCAGUCUCAGUUAUAUUUAUUCCAUAUUUCAGUAUGUUUUACUGUCAUCAGUCUAAUUGAUUUGUUGUUCAAAGUGUGGGACACAGCCUCUUUAUUGAGGCUGGGGGGGCUCCACUGUAUAAAUAUUUCAUAUUGUGCCACUUUAAUUGCGUGAUCUUUAGGUGCAGUGCAACCUAAACCAGCUGAUUGUGUUGUGGUGCCGAAAGGUAUAAGUGUGCAUUUGUGGGUAGUUUUUGCUUUUAGCGUGUCAAUACAUGGCGGUGCAGUGGUACCUCGGUUUUCAGGGCAGUGAUUCCUUCCAAAAGGUCAGACGAAGACCGAAUCGGACUAAAACCCAAGCAAUUUUUCCCAUAAGAAAACAUGUAAAUCAAAAAAUCCUCACUAUUGGAGGUUCCUUAAGCCAGUGUUUUUCAACCUUUUUUGAGCCAAGGCGCAUUUGUUUCAUUAAAAAAAUCCGAAGGCACACCACCAGCAGAAAUCAUUAAAAAAAUUAAACUCAGACAAUAAAACGUCGUUGUCGCUAUUGUUGGAUAUGACUUUAAACCAUAACCAAGCAUGCAUCAAUAUAGCUCUUGUCUCAAAGUAGGUGUACUGUCACGACCUGUCACAUCGCGCCCUGACUUAUUUGUUUUUUUGUGUGUUUUCCUGUGUGUAGUGUUUUAGUUCUUGUCUUGCGCUCCUAUUUUGGUGGCUUUUCCUGCUUUUUGGUAUUUUCCUGUCUUUCUUUGAGCGCUAUUCCCCGCACCUGCUUUGUUUUAGCAAUCAAGACUAUUUCAGUUGUUUUUAUCCUUCUUUGUGUGGACAUUGUUGAUUGUCAUGCCAUGUACGGAUGUACUUUGUGGACGCCUUCUCUGCUCCCCACGCUGUAAGUCUAUGCUGUCGUCCAGCAUUCUGUUUUUGUUUACUUUGUCGCCAGUUCAGUUUUAGUUUCGUUCUACAUAGCCUUCCCCUUUUCUUAGGGGCACUCACCUUUUGUUUAUUUUUGGUUUAAGCAUUAGACACCUUUUUACCUGCACGCUGCCUCCCGCUGUCGUCUGCAUAUUAUGAUCACGACAAACCGACAUCUACACAGCAUUUAGCUACCUGCUGCCACCUACUGAUAUGGAAGAGUAUAACACGGUUACUCUGCCGAGCUCCAGACAGCACAGACACUCAACAACAACACAUAAUUUGCAGACUAUAAUUACUGGUUUGCAAAAAAUAUUUUUAACCCAAAUAGGUGAAAUUACAUAAACUCCCACGGCACACCAGACUGUAUCUGACAGUGGUUGAAAAACACUGCCUUAAGCACUCGAUUUCGAGGAAUCAUUUACGUGCAAACAAAGUACAUUGUUACCUGCAAUGUUGGGCAACGCGAAAACAAAGUGUAGGGCCCGAAAACUGAGGUACCAUUGUAUGUUAAAUGCAUUUGUGCUUUUCACGCAAAUACAUCUACAUUUCUUUUGAUAAAUGACCGAUAUUGAUAUAAUUUGUUUUUUUUGUGGCAUUAGCUGCAUACCAUUUAAUGUAUUUACAUGUUGCUUUAAAUGCACUUGAUUCUAAGUGAGAAGGAGUAUUCCUUGAAGUCAGUAAUGCAGAUAUCAGUAGGAGACAAAAAUAAAUCAAUCUACUACAGGUGUUGGAGUGAUUGCGGUGCAUCGAGUGGCUUUAAGGGUUAGAUGUGUGCAUACAGUUAAAUGCUUUACACAACAUGUGUGGGAGCAAGUGACAGGAAAAUGUUAUUAGAAGUCUUUGCCCUUGGGUUGUUCAAACACGUCUGCCAGUGCCUUUGAACCAAAUACUGUAUUCCUUUUGGCCCGCGGUUACUCAUGACAUCAUCACAAUGCCUGUACAAUAUCUCUGCAGUAUAAAAAAGGCAAAAUGAGUCACACAAAGUGGCUUUAUGGAUUCAAAGAUAAGUUGUAUCUACUUUGAUUUAUUUCUGUUCACUUCUAUGUGUCAGUUCAGUUAGCAUUGUUGCAGCAUAUAACUCAAUAUCCCUUUUCAUAUCUUGGCCAAAUCUGAAGUACCGUAUUGCAUCUGUUUUAUUGGUGCCGAAUGACUCCUGUUUUGUCAUUUUCACACAAUAUUGGUGUUAUUGAUGGAAAACCUGGUUUAAAUGCAUACAGUAAAUGACCUAAUUAAAUAUUCAACAUUAUUGUUAGAAACACUACAUGGUUUAUAUUUGAUUUUGCGCCAUACUGUUUAUUUUGCUCUUUUCGACACACGUUAAAUAUGAAUGUAUUGGGUUCCCUCCGGGUACUCCGGCUUCCUCCCACCUCCAAAGACAUGCACCUGGGGAUAGGUUGAUUGGCAACACUAAAUUGGUCCUAGUGUGUGAGUGUGAAUGUUGUCUGUCUAUUUGUGUUGGCCCUGCGAUGAGGUGGCGACUUGUCCAGGGUGUACCCCGCCUUCCGCCCAUGUGUAGCUGAGAUAGGCUCCAGCACACCCCGCGACCCCAAAAGAGACAAGCGGUAGAAAAUGGAUGGAUGGAUAGAUGGAUUCGUCACGUCCCACAGGUGUAUUGAUUAUUAAUGCGUGCAUCACAAGACGUACAGUAUUUGAGUUUUGCUGAGAAAGCGAAGUAAUCCUUCAGUUGUGCUCCAUCUUGUCAUGUUUGGUUGGGUCCGAAGAAUAAAGAAGCAUCGAGUAAAUUACUUUUUACCAGCACUCGCAACACAAUCCCAUUCUGUUGAACACACCUGGAUAUAAAUCAGACUGUAAAAUGUAUUUUUUUAUUACACUGGGUCAGAAAAAAAAGAGAGAUUCCUAUUCCUUUUGUGUCUGUUUAAUGCUCAUAAGAUGUAUUAUGUAUGUUUUGUGCACAUUACCCAUUAUCAUAUAUCAACACAUGUUCAUAAUCUGUACACAUUUGCACAAAAAAAACUCAAAUGUUUGUACAUAUGCAGUUAAUGACACAUAAUUAUAGUUUUUAUACAUGUGCAUGGUGUCCGAUUUUUAUUGUCAGAAAACUAUGAAAACGAGACACUUAUUCUCACAGCUGAUUCAAUGUGUGCCUAUUUGCGUUUUGAGUGUUAUGAUUUUUAUUACUCUUUAUUUUUCAGUAUGAUUGAAAUAAACCAAGCAGAAACAAAUAGCUGUGUACACUAUAACUAUGCUUUCUAUUUGUUCUAUAUUUUGAUGUUUUUUUUAAUAUUCACAUGGUCACCAAAAUUGAUUCUUUCUUUCUUUAGUUUAUUUUGGAUAUGAGCACACUUACUGCAUAAUACAUCACACAAUUUCAUAUAAUUUCACUUAACAUCAUGUCCGAAAAGGAGUAGGAAGAAGCAAAGCUUAUUUAAUCCUACCCCUUUACCACUUCAGAGCGUUUAUUUACUGACUUCUUUUUGUAGCACGACAUCCGUGAAUGAUUAAUACAGCAGUUUUGUAAUAGAUAAUUAAGUCAGUCAUGAUAAACAUUCUCAGAUUAAACAUAUCUUAUUUUCAAUAAGGUUGAAAGUGUUGCUCAUAAUUAUUCUACUUUGUACUUUGUAAACACUUUUAAUUUGAACAACCUCUUAAACUGGAUCAUAUCAGUACAAUGUUUAACUUCUGUACUUAAUCCAUUCCAUGAUUUAAUUCCACAUACUGAUAUGCUGAAGGUUCUAAGUGUUGUACGUGCAUACAAAUCUUUUGAAUUAGAUUUCCCUCUAAGGUUAUAUUUCUCCUCUUUAGUAGAGAAGAAUUAUACAUUUUUAGGAUGAUUUGUCAACGUGUGAAUGUAAAAUGUAAGAAAUAAUCCAACCAAAAACAAAUGUACAAAUAAUAAAGUGCCAUAUAAUAAAAUACAUUUAUAUUUAGUCCCACUUAUGUUCUACAUAUGGUGAAUGUUCAUAUUCAACUUGGGGAAAGCAAACCUUCAAGUUUGAGUAAACAAUGUUUUUUCAGUUUGAGCACAUAAAUAGAUAAGGCCCCUAAAUUUGAUAUUCGCAGGUGAAUUGGAUCACUUCACGUAGGAAGGAGGCCCUAAUUGGGACUUCGGAAUGCAAAAGUGAUAGCCCUAUCCUUGAGAGGAGACUACCUGUCUAGCUCAAACGCCAACCUUUACGUUAUGACUUAAAGCAGUUGUUUUCCAGACACUUACACACGAACAUCUCCUUUUAUGGUCAGGUGGUGCUGUUUAGACUUAGCGCACACACCCAGACAGACAAAGAAUGGUAAAUUAUACCGGUAUAGCUCGGUUGGUAGAGUGGCCGUGCCAGCAACUUGAGGGUUGCAGGUUCGAUCCCCGCUUCUGCCAUUCUAGUCACUGCCGUUGUGUCCUUGGGCAAGACACUUUACCCACCUGCUCCCAGUUCCACCCACACUGGUUUAAAAAUGUAACUUAGAUAUUGGGUUUCACAAUGUAAAGCGCUUUGAGUCACUAGAGAAAAGCGCUAUAUAAAUAUAAUUCACUUCACUUCACUUCUAUAGCGCUUUUCUACCUUCAAAGUACUCAAAGUGCUUUGAUACUAUUUCCACAUUCACCCAUUCACUGCCAUGCAAGGCCCUAACCACGACCAAUCAGGAGCAAGGGUGAAGUGUCUUGCUCAAAUACACAACGGACGUGACGAGGUUGGUAGAAGGUGGGGAUCGAACCAGGAACCCUCAGGUUGCUGGCACGGCCACCCUACCAACCGUGCCACGCCGUAAGAAGGAAUGUAUAAACUGAUGGUUUGGCUUCUCCAGUUAGGAAUCCUCCAUUUUUUUUUACUUAAGAUUCCUCCAGGUACCGCAGCCCUGUUUUAAAUUAGGCUCUCGCUUGUAAUAAAGCAACUUUUUGGUUCAGUAAA